UUCGUUUUCUCAUAAUAAUUGUCACAAUAACAAUUAACUAUUAAAUUUAUUUUAUCAAAGAAUUUCAAAUAAUGAUAUUCUUUCGCGAUGUUAGGAAUAUUAAUUUUCGAUUUGUGAUAAUUGAAUCGAAAUUUUAUAUUCGAUAUUGAUUAUAAACUACUAACAGGGCCAAAGUGGAUUAACAUUAAAUCCAAAGACAAACAUGAAAGAAUUAGUACAAUUAAUCGCUAUGAUCCGAUGAUUAAUUUAUGAUAAUAACAAGUACAAUUUAAUUCUCGAUACAAUUAACGAUUAAAUAAUUCGAUCCUUAAUCGUAUCGUUUAAUCUAAAUCGUUUAAUCCUCGAUCACAAUUGAUAAUCAAAUAUUUCCAAUAUCAUAAUCAAUUUAAUUGUAUCAAACAUUGCCAACACUGAAUCCAUCUCGUAUCUCGUCAUCGUUAUUUUGUUUUCGAUAUUUCGUUUCUCGAUCGACAUUUAACCUUUUCAAUUAAGUCCCUUAACCAACGCGAAUCGAUGUAUUGAUCGAACGAAAUUAACGGGGAAAAAGAGAAAAAAAAAGAAAGAGAGGAAAAGAAAAGAGAAGAAUCUUAAAUGCGCGAAAAAUGUGCGACUGUCCCGAGGACAAGGAGGAUGGCGAGAAAAAAGUGGAAACGGUGAUGCUUUUCAAAAAGUGUCAAAAACCUUACCGCACCACCAAAGACAUCGUCAAACCGUCCAGUUACGACACGGUCUCGGACAAAGAUCUCUGGACACCCGCCGAUUCCUCCCAAUCCACCUUCAGAUACACCUGCGAUUCGCCUAAAGGAUCCCAGUUCACCAGCUCCUUCACCAGCUCCUCCAAAAUAGUAAACUCUCUCUCUCUCUCUCUCUCUCUCUUCUCUCUCUCUCUCUCUCUAUUUCAUACAAUUUUUCUCACCGAUAUAUCAUACAUCAUAAUCCAUUUUACCCAACUCAUCCAACGACUUCUUUCUUUUCUUUUUUCUCCAUUUUUCCUUUUUUUUUUCCCUUUUUUUUCUUCUUUUCCCCCCUAAUCUAACAACAAUUAUAUCACGGAAACGCAGUACAAAUUCGUCACAUCUCGAGGCUACGAAUACUUGGGGGAGGGGGAGGAGGAAUGGCGUCCCCCGUUCGCCUACCAGCCCUGCAUCGAGGACGAGGAGUUGACGGAGGAGGAGAGGGUGGACAUCGAGUGCACGUUGAUGAUCAUCAAGCCGGAAGCGUUGGUGUACAGGGAGGAGAUCGAGAGGCGGGUGCGCGACGAGGGUUUCCAAAUUUUUCAAACCCGUUGGCUCCAACUCACCCCGGAACAGGUGUCCGAAUUUUAUUCCGACAAAUACGGCCAGCUGAACUUCGCCUAUCUUGUCGCCUACAUGGCCUCGGGCCCCAUAGUUGUCCACGUUCUGGGAAAGAAGAACGCUAUCCACGAGUGGAAAUUGCUCAUGGGUCCGACCAAGGUGGGGGAGGCGCGUCUGUAUUAUCCCGAUAGUAUAAGGGCGAGGUACGGGAGGAGAGGCGAUGACUUUAAGAACGCCGUUCACGGAAGCGAUACUCGGGAAUGUGCCGAGAAAGAGAUACACUUUUUCUUCCCCGAUUUCAUAGUAGAGCCUCUGUUGAAGGACGAAAUGGCGGAGGAUUAUUUAUGGGAAGUGCUCAAUCCUAUACUCGUGGAAGCUCUAUCUAUGGUAAUAAAAAGAAACAAUCAAAGUUCGUCAAAUUUUAACCCUUUCGCUAUUUCUCCGCGAAAAUGUUCUGCCACGUUAGUAACGAAAGGGUUAAUAAUUGACCAAUUAAAAAUAAUGGUUCGAAAGUAUUUCGUUGUACAGUGUUGCAAAUUAAAACCCGCGGAUCCCGUUUUGUGGCUGGCCAAUUGGUUGAUCACGAACAAUCCUAAUAAACCAAAAUUGCCCCUCGAGCUCGCCAUGAUUCCAACGUAAAUAUUCGAAAUAUCAUCCGGAAUAUUUAGAUUUUCAUCUUUAUUUCUAUACGAUUUUGUAAAUUUUUUUAUUAUCAAUAAAUCAAAUUUUAUAUAACAUUAUCCAUCAUUA